AUGGGUUCUUUUGUUUCAGGAACAAUGGGGGAGCACGUGGUUUUAUCUGUUGUUGAGCCUCUUCUUGCAGCACCUGCAACUGUGCAACCCCAGCAUGAUGGGGAUGCCCAAGGUUCACCCAUUGAGGGUGCUACUCAAGUCAAUGAUGUUGGGGAAUGUGAUACACUGCAAGAACAUGAACAAGAACAAGAAAAAGAUCUUACCCAAAUGGCGGAGUGUCGCAUUUGCCAGGAAGAUGAUACCCUUCAAAAUUUGGACAUACCCUGUUCUUGCAGUGGAACCUUGAAGUUUGCUCAUAGGGGAUGUGUUCAACUAUGGUGCUACGAGAAGGGUGAUACAAUUUGUGAGAUCUGCCAUCAGCCAUUCAAUCCCGGCUAUUCUGCAACACCAGCUGUCUACCAUCGUGGAGAUACUUCAAUUGAUAUCAGUGGUGACUGGGCGACCUCUAGUAUUCCUUUUGAUUUGCACAAUUCUCGACUUUUGGCUACUGGUGCUGUAGAGCACCAAGUUCAGGAGACUCAUGAAGAUUAUGUCUAUGCUGCUGGCACUGGUGGAACUACAUUGUGGCAGUCUGUUGGUCUAAUUUUAAUGGCUGUUUUACUACUGAGGCAUGCUGCUCCCCUCUUCAAUGUUGAUGUGGAGAAAGUUUUAACAUAUUUUUAUUUUUUCUUUCUUUGGGCGGCUGCUGUUGUCCUUUCUUGCUAUCUUUUGGCCUGGAUAAUUCGCAUAAUACAGCAUCAAAGGCAAAGACAACAAACACCUGAAGAACUUGCAUUUAUGCUACAAACAGAGGAAUAA